UUUCAGCCAUCAGUUCUGAGGCCUUUUCUGCUAGAUUAUACAGUGGUCUUGUCCAAAAUCUCUUACCCAGAAACAAGAUCGCCAUGGCCACAGAAAUCGGCUCUCCACCCCGGUUUUUCCAUAUGCCGAGGUUCCAGCAUCAGGCACCUCGGCAGCUGUUUUACAAGAGACCUGAUUUUGCACAGCAACAAGCAAUGCAGCAACUCACCUUUGAUGGGAAGCGGAUGAGAAAAGCUGUCAACAGAAAAACCAUAGACUAUAAUCCCUCUGUAAUUAAAUAUUUGGAGAAUAGAGUAUGGCAAAGAGACCAGCGAGAUAUGAGAGCAAUCCAGCCUGAUGCAGGAUAUUAUAAUGAUCUGGUCCCUCCUAUUGGAAUGCUGAAUAACCCUAUGAAUGCUGUAACAACAAAAUUUGUUAGGACAUCUACCAAUAAAGUAAAAUGUCCAGUGUUUGUUGUCAGGUGGACUCCUGAAGGGAGACGUUUGGUUACUGGGGCUUCUAGUGGAGAGUUUACGUUAUGGAAUGGACUCACGUUCAACUUUGAAACAAUAUUACAAGCUCACGACAGCCCUGUAAGGGCCAUGACUUGGUCACACAAUGAUAUGUGGAUGCUGACAGCAGACCACGGAGGAUAUGUGAAAUACUGGCAGUCCAACAUGAACAACGUCAAGAUGUUCCAGGCACAUAAGGAGGCGAUUAGAGAGGCCAGUUUCUCACCCACGGAUAAUAAAUUUGCUACAUGCUCUGAUGACGGCACUGUUAGAAUCUGGGACUUUCUACGUUGCCAUGAGGAGAGAAUUCUUCGAGGGCAUGGGGCAGAUGUGAAGUGUGUUGACUGGCAUCCAACAAAGGGGUUGGUUGUAUCAGGAAGUAAAGACAGCCAACAGCCAAUCAAGUUUUGGGAUCCAAAGACUGGGCAGAGCCUUGCCACACUACAUGCUCAUAAAAACACAGUGAUGGAGGUAAAGUUGAACCUUAAUGGCAAUUGGCUGCUCACAGCUUCUCGUGACCACCUCUGCAAACUCUUUGACAUUCGAAACCUGAAAGAAGAGCUCCAGGUCUUCAGGGGUCAUAAGAAAGAGGCCACAGCUGUAGCCUGGCAUCCUGUUCAUGAAGGACUUUUUGCAAGUGGAGGAUCUGAUGGCUCUUUGUUGUUCUGGCAUGUUGGGGUUGAGAAGGAAGUUGGUGGAAUGGAAAUGGCCCAUGAGGGAAUGAUCUGGAGUCUGGCUUGGCAUCCUCUUGGACAUAUACUCUGCUCAGGCUCGAAUGAUCACACCAGCAAGUUCUGGACUAGGAAUCGGCCUGGAGAUAAAAUGCGUGAUCGCUACAACCUGAACCUACUGCCCGGAAUGUCAGAGGAUGGAGUGGAAUAUGCUCCAGGAGAUGACCUUGAGCCCAAUAGCCUUGCAGUAAUCCCCGGGAUGGGAAUACCUGAGCAACUGAAGCUGGCCAUGGAACAAGAGCAGCUGGGGAAAGAUGAAUCAAAUGAAAUUGAGAUGACCAUCCCAGGGCUGGAUUGGGGAAUGGAGGAGGUGAUGCAGAAGGACCAAAAGAAAGUGCCACAGAAAAAAGUGCCGUAUGCAAAACCAAUUCCAGCACAGUUUCAACAGGCCUGGAUGCAGAAUAAGGUCCCUCUCCCUGCCCCGCCAGAGCCACUGAAUGACAGAAAGGAUGAUAUCAAACUGGAGGAGAAAAAGAAGACACAGGCAGAGAUUGAGCAGGAAAUGGCAGCCCUUCAGUACACCAACCCACAGCUCUUGGAGCAACUGAAGAUAGAGAGACUUGCACAGAAGCAAACUGAGCAAGUGCCGCAGCCACCACCUCCCGGAGGCUCUAUGCACGGACCCCAGCCUUUCCCAGGACAAGGCCCAAUGUCACAGAUGCCUCAAGGAUUUCAGCAGCCCCUUCCACCUCAACAGAUGCCAAUGAAUAUGCCUCAGAUGGGACCCCCUGGUCCACAAGGACAGUUCAGACCUCCAGGACCACAAGGGCAAAUGGGGCCUCAAGGUCCUCCACUACACCAAGGAGCUUCAGGUCCACAGGGGUUCAUGGGACCACAAGGACCUCAGGGACCACCACAAGGACUGACAAGGCCUCAGGAUUUACAUGGGCAUCAAGGAAUGCAGAGACAUCCUGGCCCCCAUGGGCCAAUGGGGCCUCAAGGGCCACCAGGCCCACAGGGUAAUUCUGGCCCACAAGGGCACUUAGGACCACAAGGCCCACCUGGGUCUCAGACUCAUUUGGGACCACAAGGUCCACCUGGUCCACAAGGGCACUUAGGUCCUCAAGGUCCCCCUGGUGGUCAAGGAAUGCAGGGGCCACCAGGUCCACGAGGAAUGCAAGGACCUCCUCUUCCUCAUGGAAUGCAAGGAGCUCCAGGAUCUCAAGGGAUGCAGGGUCCUAUAUCUCAAGGGCCAUUGAUGGGACUUAACCCAAGAGGGAUGCAGGGUCCACCGGGGCCCCGAGAUAAUCAAGGACCUGCUCCACAAGGGAUGAUGAUGGGUCAUCCACAAGAAAUGAGAGGCCCUCAUAUGCAAGGUGGUUUACUAGGACAUGGUCCCCAGGAGAUGAGGGGCCUACAGGGACCCCCACCUCAAGGUGCAAUGUUAGGACCUCCGCAGGAAUUACGUGGGCCACCAGGUGCACAAGGCCAGCAGGGACCUCCACAGGGUGCUUUAGUAGGUCCUCAAGGAAGCAUGCAAGGGCCACCAGGACCUCAGGGACAGCAGAAUCCUUCAAGGGGGCCACAUCCUUCCCAAGGCCCACUACCGUUCCAGCAGCAGAAAACUCCCCUGCUGGGUGAUGGGCCUCGCACCCCAUUCAAUCAGGAAGGACAGAACCCAGGUCCUCCACCAUUAAUUCCAGGACUGGGGCAGCAAGGAGGACAGGGCCGUCUUGCCCCUCACAACCAAGGACCUGGGCCUAAUAAAGGUGAUGCUCGUGGCCCUCCAAACCAUCACAUGGGCCCUCUCACAGACAGAAGGCAUGAUCAGAACAGUGGUCCUCCAGAUCAUGGUCCUGAGAGAGGACCGUUCCGAAGUGGUCAGGAGUGGGGUGAUGGUAGGGACAACAGGGGCCUGCCUGAUAGACGAGGACCUCAUCCAGAUUUCCAUGAUGACUUUGAGCGGCCAGAUGACUUCCGUGAUGAUUUCCAUCCAGACAAAAGAUUUGGCCAUCGGUUACGUGACUUUGAGGGGAGAGGAGGCCCACCACUACAAGAUGAGAAAUGGAGACGAGGUGGCCCAGGGCCUCCCUUUCCCCCUGAUCACAGGGAAUUUGAAGGAGGGGGCUCAAACCGUGGGCCUCCUGGGGCAUGGGAAGGACGGAGACCUUCGGAUGAGAGAUAUCCACGGGAUCCUGAAGAAGCACGAUUCCGUGGAAGACGGGAUGAGAGCUUCAGAAGAGGAGCACCCUCGAGACACGAGGGCCGGGGACCUAGGGGAAGGGAUGGCUUUCCUGGUCCUGACGACUUUGGGCCAGAAGACAAUUUUGACUCAUCAGAUGAUAACUCAAGAGGACGAGAUCAUGGUGGUCGAGGACGAGGUCGGGGGACUCCAAGAGGUAAGGGAGCAUUUUUCCAUACUGAAACCCAUGAGCUUGUUCAUGGCAAUGGAAAAAUGGUUCUUGGGGCAAUUGUAAUAGUUUGGGUACAGUGUUUCUUGUUCUCCAUCUCUUGCUGUACAGGAGGCCGAAAAGGUCUGCUUCCCACUCCAGAUGAGUUUCCCCGUUUUGAAGGACGGAAACCAGAAUCCUGGGAUGGAAACAGAGAACCAGGUUCCCGCCAGGAUCACCCUCCUCAUGACGGACAUUCUCCUGCUACCCGAGAACGUUCUUCCUCACUCCAGGGUAUGGACAUGGCCUCACUGCCACCACGGAAACGUCCCUGGCAUGAUGGGCCAGGGACAUCUGAGCACAGAGAAAUGGAAGGCCCAGGUGGGCCCCCGGAGGAGAGGGGCAAAGGACGAGGAAGUUCAGGACCUGCCCAGAGAGUGCCAAAAUCUGGGAGGUCUAGUUCUUUGGAUAGAGAUCAUCAUGAUGGAUUCCACAGAGAUGAAGCUUUUGGUGGAGGCCCUACAGGAGGCAGUAACCCUUCCAGAGGAGGAAGGAGUGGGAGUAACUGGGGAAGAGGAAGCACCAUGAACUCUGGCCAGUCAAGGCGAGGAGUAUCUAGGGGCAGUGGAAGGGGCCGAUAGAAGAAGCUGUGACUGGGUAAUACCCAGUCCUUACUGGACAGUAUUUAAAUAGACUUCUAUUGUGGACUCCUUCAGAGAGUAACCCUGCAGCAACACAAACCUGAAUGAACUCCUACUUGGAAUAACUGAAUGUGCAUUAGUUCCUAACAAGGAUCAUUUCCUAGAUCAAGCAACUGCUACUAGCUGCAAGGUUGUAGCUGGCUUUCUGUUUUGCCCUCUCCAACCCAUCUUCCUCACCCUCUUUUUAUCUGCAUUGUUUUGUGAAGAUAAAAGCUGGAAUUUUUUUUAGUCUUGUGAGACAUGGAGCACCUCCACAGAUUUCUGUUCACCUCCAGAUGGAAACUUGUUUCUAUAUGUACAGUUUGUCAGAAAAAAAAGUUAAGUUGUUUUUGUAUGAAUACAAAAUGUAAUUUGCGCAAGAAUUAACAAAAAAAAAAAUCAGUGCAAUGUGUGAUUCUUUAUCUUUACUUACCUACCAGGAAAAGCAUCUUCCUCUGUUUAAUUUUCAGAUUCGUGGAGCCAUAGGACUACCUCUGUAAUUCUCUACAGUACGAAAGUACUACUGCGUUAGUCCCAUCAGUGUUGAGCUUUUAUGUUUUGAGAAUUUUCAUUUAUACCAUUGGCACCAUAUGUUUAUCAAAUAAUGUAUGGGUGGUGGUGCUGCACAUCUAUUACAGUACACAUACACAAAAGGUCAAUGUUUGCAGUCCUACCACUCUUGGAAGACAAAUGUAGAACACUGGCAAAAGCUUUUGAAGCACAGAUGGCAUGAAGAGGCCUCACUCUGACUGACUACUGCCGAAACAGCCUUUCUUCAAUAAACUCAUAGCUUCCUGUGGGGAAGUACUUGAAACAAUAUAUCCUUAAUUUAAAAUAGCAUCAAGUCUUAUGCCACAGAGAAUAGAAAUUCAGCAGCAGAUUAAUCUGGUUGCACAUACCAACUUUUCCACAGCAGACAAGUAUACACACUGCCAAGAAAAAUGGUCACUAUAUUACCAGCUGGUGCAUCCUAAAAAGUUAGCAAGUGCAAGCCAGGUACCUUGAUCAUAGAUAUUUUAAAAAUAUAUAUAUACUUUUCUUUAGACUUUUAUGUUCCAUCAUUUUAUUCCAUUGCAACAUUGUUACAAUUUUUAUUUUUUUUAUUCCUAUUUAAUUAUUUCUAUUUCAUAAUAAAGCUGCUUACCAACCAUGCUGUUUCAGUUUUCCCCAUAAAUCACCUGAAACCUGGUGGAUGAAGUUGUAAAGCAUCCUAUCCUUUACUCAAGAGAUUAGUCCCAUGUAAGUGAGUAUCUGAGAACCAUCUUUUUCCUGGAAAUUAAGUUUCCUGCGCUACUGACUGAAGAACUCAAGAAUUAGGUACAGGAGCUAGAGGAUAAUGGAAGAAUACUGUGAGCUCCUGCACCAUAAGUGUAAGUAAAAGGUAAAGGAAGUGGAGAGCUGACGACUUCCAUAAUGUGUCACUGAAACUGCUCUCUGCAACAAGAGUAGAUGCAUAUGUGGCAAAUCAUUCUUUUGUUUUCAUAUUUUACUAAAAGAUGCAAGUUCCCACAGGCACAGCCUGACUGAAUUGUAGAUAGGAAAGACCUGUGUUACAUUUGUGGGACUUAGCAAUUCUUUAUGCAUGCUUUGCAGGAGAGGCUAUCUUUUUCCAUUGUAUCUAUCUGGUGCACGUGGAACAGUUUAAAUUCAACCAAAUUAUACUAAAUACCAAAGUGUGUUACAGGAGCUGAACUGAUUUAAGGAAACUCUGGCCUAUAAAAUGAUGUUACCAGAUAUUUUUUCUACAGAGAAUGUUUUUAAGGAAAGACUGGUAAGCAGCAGUUAAGGAGGGUCUUCAAUUAUAUCUACAUAUUUGUAUCUUCAACCAUCCAGGAUUUGUCCUAAAUAAAGAUGCAAUGCACAUUCUCUGUAGUAGGUUAUGAUUAUUAGUAAAGGGAAAGCAGUUUGUGUUCUUUAUCUUUUCUCCUAAAGAAUGGUUCACAUUAAAAAUACAAGCCUUGCAUCCCAGCUGCCUUGAAAGGCUGACAGGAAAAAGUGAUUUUUAUUGACUGCUUUGAAUCUGAUUCAACGCUGGCUCCAAUAUCCUCUAAACAACUGGGAUAAUAAAGAGGCUGACUCCAGCAGCCUCUCUCCCAUUAAGGGCUGAGAAAGCUCCCACUUGUCCGAAGACGUGGAAAAAAGUUGCAUGCUGUUAAACAUAAAUUCUGAAAUCUAAAUAUUUUUAGAUAAAACAUAGGUUUAUGCUGUUGUUUCUCUGCAAGUUGUUUUAGUACAAGACCUCCUUAACUCUUCACUAAAAAUAAUUUUUAUAAGCCAUUCUUAACCCCUCCAAAUGCAGAAUGGCAACAUUCUAAAUUAAACAAGGUUUGAAAUCAGUUCAGAAAGGUUGGAACUGCAACACAUCCAAAGAGAGGUGUUAAAAAGGUCUAGUAUGAGAAGGCAGAACUAUUACUAACUUAAAAGUAAAAUCUGGAGUCCCAAAAUGUAGUAAAACCACAACAUCAGUUCUUCUAAAGGGGAGAAAACAGGGUUGAACCAGAGCACCAGCAACCCCUGUGAGAAUAAGAUUUGCUGUGGUCUACUGUCCCUUAAAGGGCUGUUGCAGCAGCUGGGUAGCAAACUAUAGUUUUAUGGUAAUGGGAGGAACAAGCUCUCUUCAGCUGAGGCCCCUUUACCAGUCAAAUAUAAUAGGCUGUAAACCUAUUAACUAGCUAGUCUAUGUUCAUUUUUUAAUCACUUUGUCCAAGAACAAGGAACCUAUUUACACUAAAGCUGUAAGUAAAACUUCAUACAUCAUUAAUGAGAAGCCCCAACUUGCAAGCCAACAGCAGAUUCAGCGUUGGUUCAAACAGUGCAGACUUGUUUUUUUUAAGAUACAAAAACUAGACUGUGGCUAGAACAUCUAAUUUAGCAAUUUUAGUAAAAAAACCACUUUUAAUAAAGUUGUAAAAAAUUAGCUCCACUUUUAAAGUUCCACUUUACAGUUUGUGUAAUUACUUUAGUUCUGUGCAAAUAUAACCAAGUCAGUUAAUACUAUCGAUUAAGCUGUGGUGGGUCACUGGAAUACUGCAGGCUUUGGUUUGCUUUAUUUGGCCAAAUCUUCUCAAGAUCAGGCUGUAAACAUUAUUUGAACAUGUACUUCCCUGACCAGCACCUAAAAUAGGUGUAAAAUGGGCUAUGGCAUUUACUUAAGCAAAGGUAUCAGAAACUCACCCUACACAUCGCAAAGGUACCUGAAAUCCAACAGCGAACACAAGACAGCACUGCCACAAAGUAGAAAUAGAAGCAGUACUGCAUUUUGAGUGAAAUUGAAAAGUAGUAAUUACUUUCACUACUUCUCUAUGAUUGCUUGCGUAAGAUGAUCCUAUUUGCCAAAGGAGGCACCUUUCUGCCAUCCACAGCAGCUACA